GUCAUCCCUCUGAUCGGAGAGUACCUGCUCUUCACCAUGAUAUUUGUGACUCUGUCCAUCGUGAUCACUGUGUUUGUGCUCAAUGUGCAUUACCGCACGCCUAAGACGCACACCAUGCCCGGCUGGGUUCGGAAAGUGUUCCUCGGUCUGCUCCCUCGGGUCAUGUUCAUGACUCGGCCUGAGAAAGAGCCGGAGAGGAAGACCAGAUCCUGCGCUCUUCACGCUCCAGGUCUGGUUUCCAGCAAACAGACGAAUGUUUCGCGCCGGGCUCCUCUGCUGCUGUGCUCCUCUGAGCUCACCAACCUGAGCGAGGCCUCGUCUAAGACGGCGCCUGGCUUUCUGUGUCGAGACGGACGAUGCCUGGGGAAGCAACAAGGCACUAACGUCUCCAGCGCAGGAGCAGAAGACGGAGGGAGUCCGUGCUCCAGCUCUGAGUCUCUGGACGCUGGGUUUCUGUGCAUGUCUCCACAGGUCAGAGACGCCAUAGAGAGCGUCAAGUACAUCGCCCAAAACAUGAGGCUACAGAACGAGGCCAAGGAGGUCCAGGACGACUGGAAGUAUGUGGCGAUGGUGAUUGUCAGGAUCUUUCUCUGGGUGUUUGUCCUCGUGUGUGUUCUGGGUACGGCUGGACUCUUCCUGCAGCCGCUGCUGAUGGGCGAAGACAUGUGACGACUUCACAUCCCAACAUUUUCAUAGCCAGAACUUAAUUUCCAGCAACCUUAACUCAGCAUUUUUAUAUCAUGUUUCGGUUAGAGUUGAAUUAAAAGGCAUUGGUUUACCGGUUGGUUGACUCUGGGACUUUUAAGAGCUCAAACGGAGCAGCUAAAAUGAGGAUCAUCGUCGACUUUCAAGAAGCUUUCUAAGUACCCACCCGACGGCUUACUGUCCUCCUUUGUCAAUUCCUAUUUCCAUCAAAGUCAUGCAAACCGGCUGCAUUAUAUAAGGCUAAAACACAUUUGGCCGAUGACUGGACCGAAUAUUUGGCAUGUAGAUGGAGUAUCAGAGAAGAGUAUUCAAGUGUUGUCUUAAAGGAGUAGUUCACCAAAAAUUGACAUUUAUUCACCCUUGAGUUGUUUCUUUUCUUUUUUUUUUUUCAAUUUAAAGAAUGAUCACACAGGUCUUUUCUGUGUUUCGCAGUUCACAGUAAGCUCCAAAAUGACAAAAAAGCACCAUAAAAGUAGUAUGUACAAACUGCUUUUUUCCCCUCGAUGAUAAACAGGCUAUAAUUACAGUCGUUCGCUGAUAAUCUUCCCCUCUAGUCAGCUGUGUAACUCAUGAAUGAAAGAAUUGUACGGUCCAUUCAAUUCCUUGUAAUGAAAAGAGCUGCGUGAAGAUUCUUCAGAAGUUCUGCUUUUGUGUUCCUUCAAAUCUGUCUGUCUGUAAACUCACACAUUCCUUCGUGAGAUAUGGCUGCUGUUUAUUGUCACGUAUGAUCAUUUUUUUACAUUCAAAAUUAUUUUAAUCUAUCUAAAAACACUUGUCAGGCAUGUUCUUGGGCAAAGACACAAUCUCCUUGUGUGAGCGUUGUAUACUUUCAGGUAAAAACCACCACCUAGUGGAUACUUUGAGCAAGUCCCUGGUGAAAAGACUAGACGAUUCUGUGUAAUUCAGUAAUGGGUCUCUAAAACAGUCAAAAUACUUUUUUCAAACAUGUAAUGGGUGUCCGCUCUCUGUACAUGUUCACAUGUUCUCAGUGUAUGAUGUAAAACCUUGAUGCACACUUUCAGCUUUCUGAGGAAU